UUCUCUUUGAAGCUGGAUUUCAAUUACAUAAGGGUCGUUUGGCGCCUCAAAAGCCCGCGUUUUCUCGCGCCGAGGAGCAGCAGCGCGAGAGGAGAGAACAACGCGCAACCAACCAACCAACCAACCAACCAACCAACCAAUCAACCAACCAACCAACCAAACCAACACCGCACGCACGCACCAUCCAUUUUUCUUUCGGUGUAGAAAAAUUGUUGUUUUGAGGCUAGCGCGUUGGUGGUUUGCUUGGCGCGUGUCGCGGUGAGUGAUCAUCGCGUAAUCAGUAUCAAGUAUAAAUCUACCGUCGAAACUUGUUCGCAGAUUUGGUUAUAAACGGCGAACGUUCUUCUUUCGAUACGGGAUAAAAUCCGGCGUGUGACGAACCGAAGAGUGACCGUGUAUAAAAGAUGCACGCCGUAGACGCGUUGUCGGAUUCGGAGCUGCGCAGCAAGCUGGCGGAGUACGGCUACCCCGUGGGUCCCGUAACUCUUACCACGCGCAAGAUCCUCGUCAAGAAAUUGAAGAACCUGAUGGAGGCCCGAGAGGCAGGCCUCAAGGGCUCGGGUCGGCAUUCACUCGCCGCCAAGUACAGCAGCGACGACACCGACGACGACUCGGCGUCCGUCGGUCGCAAGAAGAAAUUAUCCAGCUCGCGACGCCAGACUCUUGCCAAUCCCAUGCCGCCGCCGGCUCCGGCUGUGGCUCCGAAAAGUCCUUCUCGGCGACGCUCCGCUGCUCGAACGACGACGACCUCGAGCAUCGCGAACAACGAGGUUACCGGUGAGCCCUACGUUCGUCUCGAGGCGCCGCUCAACACCUCGCUCAAAUCGGUCAAGAACGUGUCCAGGAAGGUGACGAGAAACUUCAAGACCACCGUCUCCAACGACGGUCUAGAGACUGGAUCGGACUCGGACAUAGCCGAGGAGCCGGAGAAAUCUUACUCGACCUCUGCGGCUAGAUACAAAACUGUCGAGCCAAGGACCUACGAGUCCUCGUCUUCGUCCACGUCCGCUUCUACUUUUCUGAAUAACGAGAGACACGUACCUGUGAGUCUUGAAUAUAACACCAAGAAACGAUCCAUAUUCACCAACAACGAGGAUAGCUACGUCACUCCUGCCUUCAAACUCAACAUAUCUCCGAUACACAGCCAGAAGGAGGAUAACUACAGAGACGCCGAAGAUCCUCUUGCUAAUAUUGAAACACCAUAUUUGUCCGACUUCACUAGGAGACUGAGCAAAAUUUCUAGCAGCAAUUUACCGUCAAAGACCAGUCUUAGCUCUCCAAUCUUACGCCACUCUGCCUUACCAGAAUUGAAGGAAACCGAUUCGAAUGGACACUUUGCAUCGUUGCGAUCCAAGUACUUGCCGUCUACGCCAAGGUACAAUGCGCUGGCUUCGGAGAGACCGGCAAUCACAAGAACGUUCCCAUCCACGUCGGAUGGUAAAGAAAUGAAAAACAAUCACAACCUGAUAUCGGUUAUACUGGUUGGAGUCUUGUUGCUGUUUUUCAUUCUUUUGGCAGUCGUUUAUUUGGGGCUUGGUGGAAAGAACGACACCUUUUCACCUGAUGCUGAUAACAACAAUUUUCCAUUCUGCUCACCCAACGUGCCACAUAGCGAUAGUCCUGGUAUCAAUUGUAUUCGCAAGGGAACGGAACACACAGCAAUACAAUUGCUGGAAAAGUUGCAGACCAUUCUAACAGAGAAGGCAAUAAGCUACAACUGCGAUGACGCAACAGACUUUCCUUAUAUGACCGACAAUAACGUGAUGGAAAGAUUUCUGAAGAAUGAUUUGGAUGAAUUGGACAUCAAGGAAGAUCUUCACAACGCACAGUUGCUCAUUUUUAAGAAUCCCAAAUGGGGAAUUUCCCUGAUCGAAAUCGACGACAUCAACAAGGCCUCAGCGGAUACACAGAUUCUAGAUUCUAUGGAUAAAGUAUUGGCAAAACGCUUAGAUGGCAAAGUGGGAAUGGUUGUCCUAAACCCUGAUGUCCCAAUGAAGUGUUUGAUCAAGAACAAGCUCUACACCCUGCUCACCUCGAUUCUGGCUGUAGCAGUCGGUGCUCUGAUGAUUAUCGGCGGUCAUAAAUUAGUCCUCUGGCAUUUGAAGCAGAAAAAGGAAUCCGAGAACGAGGUAUUCCGUUUGGUCAGCGAGAUAAUAAGCAUGCUGGAACUUCAUCAUCAGAAUUCUGCACUAACGAGUGCUGGUGGCACGCAGGAAAGUUACCUGGCUAUAAAUCAUGUCAGGGAUAAUUUGAUACCACCAAAAAACCGGCAGAAAAUGUCCAGCGUUUGGGCGAAGGCAGUCAAGUUUCUAGACGAAAAUGAAUCCAGAGUUCGGAGAGAGGUGCAGCAGGUGGCAGGCGAGGAAUUUCACGUAUGGCGUUGGCUGCCAAGCAACAAUCUGAACGCGUCUAACGUUCAGGCAGUUGGAAACACCGGAAACAAAAAGACGAAAGUUUGGCAGGGUCAAGCCUUCGAAACCAUGGCAGGCUCUGUGAACAGCCUGCCCUAUUCGCCGACGCCUUGCCUCAAGAUCCGACACAUGUUUGACCCUGACGUGGAGUUUGAAGACGACUGGGAAACAAAGGUUCAGGACGCGAUAUUAGAAAAGUGUGGCGAGGACGUGAAAAUUCUUCAUAUUCGCGUCGAUCGUGGAAACCGUGAAGGUUGCGUGUACAUGAAAUGUAUGUCUCAAGAGGAUGCUGGAAAAGCGUACAGAGCGUUGCACGGCUGGUGGUUUGACAGCAAACUUGUCACGGUGAAAUACCUACGACUUGAAAGAUACCGCGAGCGAUUCCCAGAUGCUACGCGAUGCGUUACGCCAUUGAAACCGAGCAACAAUCAACGACUGUCUAUGCAAGCACACAAUUGGCAAAGUCCUUUGGAGACCAUUUAAAUAUUUAUUUACAUUAUUAAAGAUGCUAAGGAAAGAAACAAAGGUAAGAAAAAAAAACGAUAAUAACGGAUUUUUUCCCAAUGCUUUAAAUUAUACAUUUUAAUAUCCGUUUUUGGCGAUAAUGUUACAGACAAAAGAAAAAAAAAUUUUUUUUUAAUAAUUUGAAAAAGUUUUUGUUUUAUAUCACAAGAAAGAAUGAAAAAAUUUGAUUAUUUGACCCCGCAUUUCAUGUUGCGGCAUGUUUACUUGUUUAAAAUUUCACUUGAAGUCGUUUUCAUCAUUCAAUAACAGAAGUGCGCAAAUGUUGGUUCAGUUCUACUACGGACUGUUACGAGUAUGUGUAACGAAAUCAUCCAUGCGAGGACCAUUAACGAUUGAUAUUUUUAAAUUUGGGGGCUCAAUUGAUCUCCUUGUAUGCCAAGAAAACUUCUUCGCGACUGUUGAUUAGUAAUUGAGUAAAAUGCAUUCGUGCUUUUAGCACUAUUUUUAUAGCACAAAUCUAAGAAAAGAAAGUAAAACAGACAUAGCCUAUUAAAAUUAAUUUUUAAACCUUAUUUUAACGUCUAGAUUAUUAUUAUUAUUAUUAUUAUUAUUAUUACAAGCUUAACGUAUAAGACAAACAGAACCCUAGUUAUUGACGUUACUGUUAAAAGAUUAAAAUUUACUUUAAGAUCUGUGUACGCCGGCGCAGAAAACAGGCCAUUUUUUUUUUUUUUUUUUAUACCUACAGCUUGUACGCCAAGUUAAUUUUCCAUACCAACGCAAGUUUAUGACUCGUUGAAGAAAAAAAUUUCCCUGUUCAUAAACUUGUGCAAUUUCAUGAAGAAGAGAUGAAUAUGUUUCAUUUUUAUUUCUUCUCUUAAAUCAAGUUGUUGACUCAGCCUGUGGCUGGAGACGUUGAUAAUUAAUAGGUAAAUAAUAAAUAUAAAAGGGACGGAAAAUUAGUUUGGUGAGUGGCCUUGGUGUGCUUUAAGCCUAAGUUAUAUUGUAAAGGAAUAAAAUAGGUAAUAAGAGAAGAAAAAAAAAAUUAAGAAAAAUAGGCAUAAUAUGGGUGAGUAAUCAAUGUAGAAGCAAAGGAAAUGAAUGAAAUUUUCGAAAGUAUAAUUUAAGAAGGAAAAAAAAACCACAAAAAACAUACACGCAGGUAACAACAAACCGAUAAAUUAAUUGAACUGUAUAAAAGAAAUUUAUAGGGAUACGUCUUUGUAAGUUUAACUGAUUAGAAAUAUUAUUACGAUGUAACAAACAAACAAAAAAAAAACUAUUUUAAAAUUCACCAUUUUAUAAACAAAGAAAAAAUGAGGAAAAAAAGAAAUAAAAAAUAUUUUACGUUCUAUUAUGAUAUGUUAUAUAUAUGACGUAUGUUUAGUAGACAAUUGGGUUGAUUAUAAUCUGCAUUUUUUGUGCUCAUUUUAAGAGAACAGAUCGAAAAUCUCAAUAUAUAAACUAUGUGAACGGGAAACCUCGAUGACCGCAAAAUCAUUUUCGCGCCAAUAAUCAGUCUACGCAAAAGUGUAUAUAAUACGGUAUAAAAAGUGCAGAGAAUAAAAUCGAACCGACCAUAUUAUGUGUGUAUAUGUAGACUGAUUGUUUGUUAUAACAACAACAACAACUAAAAAAAAAAAACAAACAUAUUAUGCAUAUGUACGCGUAUCGUCUAAUACAUAAAAA